AUGCCGACCGUUCAUAUGCUCGAUUAUGUUGCUGGAAAUGUCCGCUCCCUCGUCAAUGCCAUUGAAAAAGUUGGCUACACGGUAGAAUGGGUCAAGUCACCUGCUCAAGUUCCCGCGGCAGAGAAACUCAUAAUUCCUGGUGUUGGACACUUUGGCCACUGUCUCUCUCAGUUGGAAAAGGCUGGCUACACUGAGCCGAUCCGCGAACACAUCAAGGCUGGGAAGCCUUUUAUGGGAAUAUGUGUCGGCCUACAGGCGCUAUUUGAAGGAUCCGAAGAAGAUGCACAAGUUAAGGGAUUGGGUGUGAUACCAGCGCGCCUGCGUAGAUUUCAAGACACAGACAAGAGUGUACCUCACAUCGGAUGGAACAGCGCAAACACAUCAAGGCCUGGCAAGGUUACAGAUGAGUCAUUAUAUGGGCUCCGACCGACGUCCAAAUACUACUAUGUUCACUCUUACGCUGUGCCUUACGAGGAGGGCAAGUUGGAAAAGGAGGGAUGGACAGUCGCAACCGCGCGGUACGGUGAUGAGGAGUUUGUCGGCGCAGUGGCGAAGGACAACAUCUUCGUCACGCAGUUCCACCCCGAAAAGAGUGGUGCUGCAGGUCUUCGUGUCCUCAAGGCUUUCUUGGAAGGAAAGAAGACACAGAAGCUGCCCGAGAAGCCAUCGGCAGUUGACACAAAAGAAGGCCUCACCAGACGAGUCAUUGCAUGCCUCGACGUACGAACCAACGACCAGGGUGAUCUCGUCGUGACAAAAGGCGAUCAGUAUGAUGUCCGCGAAAAGUCUGGAGCUGGCAACGAAGUGCGAAAUCUAGGCAAGCCCGUCGAAAUGGCUAAGAAGUACUAUGAGCAAGGCGCCGAUGAAGUUACCUUCCUGAACAUCACUUCCUUCCGCAACUGCCCUGUCGCCGAUACACCAAUGCUCGAGAUCCUGCGUCGCACAAGCGAGACAGUCUUCGUCCCUCUCACAAUAGGUGGAGGCAUCCGCGACACCGUUGACACCGAUGGCACCAAGAUUUCCGCUCUGGACAUUGCCACCAUGUACUUCAAGUCUGGCGCCGACAAGGUCAGCAUAGGCUCUGAUGCCGUAACCGCAGCCGAGGAGUACUAUGCGCGAGGCAGUAAGCUCUCAGGCACCACCGCCAUCGAAACCAUUUCUUCAGCCUACGGCAACCAAGCCGUCGUCAUCAGCGUAGACCCCAAACGCGUAUACAUCUCCUCGCCCGACGCAACUCCCCACCACACCAUUAAGACGGCUACCCCUGGCCCCAACGGCGAGGAAUACUGCUGGUACCAGUGCACCAUCAAGGGCGGACGUGAAGGCCGAGACUUUGAUGUCCGGCAGCUCGUUCAAGCCGUGGAGGCUAUGGGCGCAGGAGAGAUUCUGCUCAACUGCAUAGACAAAGAUGGGAGCAAUAGCGGGUUCGACACUGAACUCAUCAAUGAUGUCAAGAGCGCUAUCAAGAUUCCUGUCAUUGCGAGUAGUGGAGCGGGUAACCCGGGACAUUUUGAGGAGGUGUUUGCGAAGACGAGGACGGAUGCUGCACUGGGUGCUGGAAUGUUCCACAGAGGCGAGUACACGGUUAAGCAGGUUAAGGAUUAUUUGCAGGAAAAGGGACAGGUUGUUAGGCCGUUUGAGGCGGAUAUAUAG